AUGUGUAUGUGUGUUUUUAUUUUAAUUAGUCUUGCCACAUCGCUGUCUUUUGCAAGUGUACCUGACAAUGGCGUCUCUGAUUGCGGACACAGAAACGGUAAUUACGAAGAAAUAAAAUGUCGAAACGGAAUAGGUUGCAUUCGUACGGAACAUAUUUGUGACGGAACGCCGGAUUGUCCUGACGGCAGUGAUGAACUUCUUUGUCCAUUUCACCCCGAGCGCGAUCUUCAGUCAAAUCUAGGGUGGAACAGAAGCCGAAGACAAUUGACGUGUCUGUCUGGUCAAUGGCAGUGCAAAAAUGGCUACUGUAUAUCAAAGAAUAGACUAUGCGAUCAGGUUUCGGACUGUUCCGAUAACAGCGACGAAACUUCUCCUUUAUGCAGAAAAAGAGCAAUAGCUACUUCUGGUGUCUGCGUACUUCCUCCGUACCCUGAACAGGGGACAUAUGAUGUAGAAGACAUCCCGGAUGCUCGUCCUGGUCAAGCCCACUCUUCAGUUGUUCUAACAGUGCGAUGCCGGCGGGGAUACGGUGUAAUGGAUUUAUACGGUGAUGGAAGUGGCAUUCAACAAGUUUACUGUGUCAAUGGUAAAUGGUAUCAGAAUAUGCCGAAAUGUGUCCGUUUCUGCAAGCUGGAUCCAGAUCCGAGUAUCCGGUACAUGUGCUACACUCCAGGAACAGGUAUCACAUUUUGCAGGAACUAUGUGUCACCUGGAACAGUAGUGGAGCCCGCCUGCAACAGCCCAAUCUACUAUGCCAAGGAAGUCUUACGGAAUAUGAAGUGUAUUUCAGGAGUUUGGGAUAACUAUGCCGAGUGUAAAGUAGAAUGUGGCCGGAUAACUCCUGGAGGGCAACCUCUUUUGAUAGGUGGGAAAGAGGCCAAGCACGGGGAGUUACCUUGGCAUGCCGCCAUCUAUCGCAGGGCACCAGAAGUAUUUAUGCAGAUCUGUUCCGGGUCCCUGGUCUCCAACAAUGUAGUAAUAUCAGCGGCUCAUUGCUUCUGGAAGGAUUUAAUAAAGUUACUCCCAGCAUCUCAGUUCGGGGUUGCGGUUGGUAAACUCCAUCGGUCGUGGGACAGUGAAGAAGAUUUUUUUGCCCAAAAGUCCAAUGUAAACGAGAUAAGAAUUGAAAAACUAUACGAUGGCGUUGCUGCUAACUUCCAGGAGGAUAUUGCCGUCUUGAUAUUGUCCACUCCAUUCAACUACACGACGUAUAUUCGUCCCGUGUGUCUCGAUUUCAAUUUGAACUUUGAGAAUUUUCAACUACAAGAUGGCGUCUAUGGAAAGUUAGCUGGAUGGGGUCUAACAUCUCCUAACGGCCCACCUUCAGAAUCUCUGAAGGUCCUCAGUCUGCCAUUCAUCAAUGAGGACACCUGUAUUAGCACUCUUCCUGACGCAUUCAGAGGAUAUAUUACUGGCGAUAAAUUUUGCGCAGGAUAUACAAAUGGUACGGCUGUGUGUCACGGUGACAGCGGAGGCGGGCUUGCCUUCCCAUCUCAAGAGUUUGGCAGAGACCGGUAUUACCUUAGAGGAAUAGUAUCUACUGCACCUAAAGACGACAACAAAAUGUGCAAUGACAAAGCUUAUACCACGUUCACUAAAGUUACGAGGCAUCAGAAGUUAAUUAUUGAAGCGCUAGCAGAAAGCAACAAGAAGAUUUGUCCGUUGUAUUCGUUUCAGUGUGCGGAUGGAACUUGUGUGGAUCCGGGAGCUGAUUGUAAUGGGAGACAAGACUGCGCAGACGGUUCUGAUGAAUCUGAUGACUUAUGUCGUGCCGCACCACCUCAAGAGAGUUUACAACCAACUCAGAAACCUAUCAUCAAUAUUGAUUGCGGCAGAAUCGCAGAAAAAGUUCAACAGCGACCUAUAAUUUUAAAAGGAAACACAUACAGCAAAGGUGAUAUACCUUGGCUUGCAGCUGUCUAUGAGACUGUACAAAAUACCUUAACUUAUCUAUGCGCGGGAACUCUUAUAACUAAAAGGCAUGUUGUAACUGUCGCUCAUGCUUUUCGCCAAAAGACCAUUGCAUCUUUAGUCAAUAGCAUCGUGGUGAAAUUGGGCACUUCCAACUUAGAGGACUGGGCAGAAGAUUCAGCCGUAAACAGAAAAUUGGUUUCGAUAAAUUUGAUCGAAUCUUUUGAUACAACUUCUCUUGCAAACGAUCUCUCAAUUCUUACUUUGAAUAGGCAAGUGGAGUUUACUGUAUAUGUAAGACCGGCUUGUCUGUGGGAUCGUAGAGAGUUUUCAGGAGACUCUGGAAUAUUUGCCGGAUGGGGGAAAGAGAGGGAAUUAAAAUUUGGUGAUCCUCACAUAUUGAGAUUAAAAAUGGUGAGCACAGCUGUUUGUCGGGCCAGUAAUAAAGCUUUUGAAUAUGUGACUUCGGAUAAAACUUUCUGUGCAAGAGGUGUUAAAAAUGGAACGAACCCCUGUGCAGGGGAUGCCGGAGGGGGUUUAUUCUUGCUAGAUGGUGACCAGUGGUGGCUUCGUGGUGUUGUAUUUUUAGCGCUACCACCACGGUCUGAAAAUGAGUUAUGUAAUUUAAAUGAGUAUGCUGUAUUUACCGAUGUGUCGCAAUAUUUGCCGUGGAUUAGAAGUGUUAUAUCGGAUAAUAUUUAG